AUCUUCACUGAGUCGAAGAAGAAAAUAGCGAAGAAAGAGAAAGCGUCAUGGCCGAACAAACGAUGGUUGGACAGAUCCGCAGUGCGACCUUUUGGCGAGCGGUUUUAGCGGAGUGUGUCGCUAUGGCUAUUUUCGUUUUCAUUGGAAUCGCAUCUACUAUUAACUCGCCCGGAGAAGAUGCGACUAUGGUGCAGAUAGCGCUUGGAUUCGGUAUCUCCAUCGCAACUAUGGUGCAGUGUUUUGGUCACGUUAGUGGUGCGCACAUCAAUCCCGCCGUGACCGUGGCCGCCUUCUGCACGCGGAAAGUGAAUAUCCUUGUUACAAUGUUUUACAUAUUGGCUCAGUGUGUGGGCGCGAUCGUCGGUGCUGCUCUCCUCUACGCCUUGCUACCUACAUCCGAUAUUCGCGGAACCCUUGGUGUCACGUCAAUCGCCGGCGUCCAUAACUGGCAGGGGUUGUUCAUCGAAAUCAUCCUCACCUUCCAGCUUGUGCUGACAAUCUUUGCGACCAUAGAUUCUCGUCGUUCCGACUUACUGGGGUCUGCGUCGCUAUCCAUUGGUCUAUCGGUAGUCAUCGGACAUCUGGCCGGGAUACGAUUUACCGGCGCCAGUAUGAACCCUGCACGAUCGUUUGGACCCGCUGUCGUUAUGAACGCAUGGACCGACCACUGGGUUUACUGGGUUGGUCCGAUUAUUGGCGGCGUCCUAGCAGCAUUCCUCUACGAGUUCGUCUUUGAACCUGGCUCUAACAUCACACGUGUCCGAAACGUGUAUUCCAAAGUGAUCAAAAGUGAUGAACCAGAGAAAAACAUGGAAGUCGAUGAUAUUGCUAUGAACGAUGUUAAAGAAUAGACGAAACGAAGUACAGAGACGAAGGCGAACUAACAAUCCUUUUUCUGUAUUUGAGGUCCAGAAAAACAUUUCUCAUGAAUUUGUUAUUCAAAAUCGAGGCUUUUUAUUUUCAAAUCUUCACAAAAGAUGUUCUUAGUGCGAUUUUUCCAGAAAUUCUAACAAAAUUCACUUCUUCAACUGAUGCACGCAAUGAUGACCAGAAACAUGAUUUUAUUUUGGGCCAUAGCCCAAUUUGGAUUGGGGGUGCCAGGAUCUUAUA